AUGUUGACUCGUUGGCAUUGCAUCAGCCUGGCCAUCCUGGCCGUCUGCGCAUAUCAUUCGAGCAUCCGAAUGGCGACGGCACCGCAGACUAGAACGCAAUGGCGGGCAGCACUGGCGGCUCUGCCCACGCUCGAGGAGACAAAAGGACGAAUACCCAGCUUCUUCUACGCCCACGGUCACCCUGGCUUGCUCUGGCCGGCCGGACUGCCUUCUAUGAUGGACUGGGGGAUUGGAGGACCUGGUGGUCCCCUAAGCACCUUUCUGCAAGACUUUGGCAAAGAGUUGCUUAGCAAAUACCGCCCCAAGGCCGUGCUCGUUUUCUCUGCUCACUGGGAAACAUCAUCGCCGCAAGUGACCGAUUAUGAUGAUAAUCCGCUCUUGUAUGACUACUAUGGCUUCGAUCGCAAGCUUUACGACAUCAAAUUCAACUCAAAAGGCGACCCGCGAGUGGCACGACGAGUCGUAGAGAUCCUCCAGGAAUCUGGCUACAGCAAAGCUCGUCUCAGCGGUAUCACCGAGUCCCGCGGCAGAGACGGUCGUCCUAGACCACCCCGCGUUCAGAAUGGCCUAGAUCAUGGCGUGUUCCUGCCGAGCGUGCUCAUGUUUGGCGAAACGAGCCCUGUGCCUAUCGUGCAAGCGAGUAUCGCCGACACACUCGAGCCGGAAGACGAGUGGCGGCUUGGUCAGGCGGUCAGCAAGCUCAGAGACGAAGGCAUUCUCGUCAUUGCAGGCGGCCUCACGAUUCAUACGUUCCAAGACUUUGAUGCCUUUAAUCCAGCCAAAGCAGAUGCAAUCUAUCACGAGUGGCACAAGGCCAUCAUCAAUUCUAUAGCAGACUCGCGGACGCCCGAAGAACGCAAAGCGGCACUUUUGGCGCUGACAAAGCAUCGUGCGUUCAGAAAGGCUCAUCCUCGCGAGGAUCACUUCGUACCGCUCUAUGUAGCCGCGGGUGCUGGUCAAGAGGGCAACGCCAGGGUCCUUGCAGGUCUCUUUGGCGCAGAGACGAUAGCAUUCGGCCUGCCAUAG